AUGAAGAUCAAUCCACUGCCGCUUUUAUUGUGUUUUACGACGUUAAUUAACGCAUUGGAAAUUGAUAUACAAGAUAAAAAAUCAAUAUGUUCAGCAUCUUCUCAGGUUUAUAGAGGGAUGAUGGAUUAUUAUGAUGGUGAUAAUUAUGGUGGAGUUGUCGGGAUGUUUCAACCUCCGUAUUAUUGGUGGCAAGCUGGUCAUGCUUGGGGUGGUGUUAUAGAUUAUUGGUAUUAUUGUGGUAAAAAUGAAUCUGUUGAACAAGUACUUUAUGAUUCUUUAAUGGCUCAAACUGGUAAGAAUUUUGAUUAUAUCCCACAAAAUCAAUCCACAACUGAAGGUAAUGAUGAUCAAGGUUUUUGGGGGAUUUUUGUAAUGAGUGCAGCUGAAAGAAAUUUUACACCACCUCAUGAAGAUUCAGAUGUACCAGAUUGGUUAAGUAUGAGUCAAGCUGUUUAUAAUACAAUGUGGGAAAGGUGGGAUACUGAACAUUGUGGUGGUGGUCUUAGAUGGCAAAUUUUUGAAUGGAAUUCAGGUUAUGAUUAUAAAAACACUGUUAGUACAGCAUGUCUUUUCCAAAUGGCUGCAAGAUUAGCUAGAUUUACACGUAAUGAUUCUUAUGUUGAAACUGCAGAAACUGUUUAUCAAUGGUUAAUUGAUUCAGAAUUCAUUGUGGAGGAAGAAACUACAAGAGUUUAUGAUGGUUCAGAAAUUGGUGAUGGGAAUUGUUCAAAUAUUGUUAGAUUAGAAUGGACUUAUAAUUUUGGAUUAAUGGUUUCAGGUGCUGCAUAUAUUUAUAAUUAUACUGAAUCAGAUGAAUGGUUUGCUCGUGUAUCACAUUUAGUUAAUGGUGCUAGUGUAUUUUUCGAUGAUGGAAUUUUAUAUGAAAGAGCAUGUCAAGGUCCAGAUAAUUGUAAUAAUGAUCAACGUUCUUUUAAAGCUGUUUUUUCAAGAUCAUUAGCCAUGGCAUCAGUUUUAGUUCCUGCAUUAUAUGAUGAUAUUAGACCAUUAUUAGAAAGUUCAGCAGAAGCUGCAGCUAAAUCAUGUUCAGGUGGUUCAGAUGGUGUUACAUGUGGAUUAGAUUGGACAACUGGUGAAUGGGAUGGUAAAUAUGGAUUAGGUGAACAAAUGAGUGCAUUAGAAAUUUUUAAUAGUUUAGUUGCACCUUUAUCACCAGCUCCAUUUUCACAAGAAGAUGAAGGUGUUGCCGUAGGGAAUCCUAAUGCUGGUAUAGAUUCUGAUUCAACUGAUUUGGCACAUCAAAAAUUAAAUAUAACAGGAAGAGAUAAAGCAGGAGCUGCUAUUAUUACUGCUUUGAUAAUGUUAAGUAUAAUUAUUGGUGCCAUAUGGAUGGUUUUAUGA